GAGUGUAUAUUUUUCUGUGUAUAUUUUAUAAAAAAAGAAAGCCAAAGCUUUACAAAUAAAUAGAAAAAACGCUAAAGUUUCAAGUAAAGAAAACCAACUGCUGAGUUUUAUCAGCAAGACAGCGAAAUGAGUGAGACCAAGAAGCUACUCGACAAAUUGCUAUGCGACAUUUACGGCCAGCAAGAGGAGCUGGCUCGACGCAGGUGCACCUGUCAUUCAAGGGAUCAUCCUCUCAGAUCCUGCAAGAAGAAGAAGAAGGGCAGAAUGGCCCAGCUGGCCAGCGGCAUGACGGGUGGUCGUGCAGUCUUGGAAAAGCUAAAUGUGCGUCAGGUCAUCGAUGUCGUUGCCAUUCUCAAGGUGGAGAUCCUGAUGAUGGGCUAUAUGCUCGAGACAGCCCUCAUAGCCAGGGAUCGCCUGAACCGGCACCAGGAGGGGCUGUGCAAGUUCAUCGUCAUCGCCGUGGAAAAACACGAUGCACAGCCUAAAAUGCGUUUUAGCCUCUCACCACCGCCGCGGAAAGCCAGCCUAACCUCCCCCACCAGCAGCACCACAAACAGCAAAAAUAGAAGCACCGCCACCCACAACAUGCUGACACGCAAUGGCGGUGGAGGCCACGAAAGCAGCUGCAGCACCACCGCCGCUGCAGUCGCCACCGAUGAGGAUGCUGCAUCGGAUUACAAUCAAUGGCUGCAUGCCAUGAAGCUGGUAGCCCGCCUGCCCGGCGGCACCCCACCCGAAUUCCGGCGAAAGCUGUGGCUCUCGCUGGCGGACAAAUACCUCAAGUCGAAGAACGUGGACUGGGCCAAGCAGCGGGAGAAGUGCUUCUGCGAGGAGUGGCGCGAGGAUGACGAGGAGCUGGGCAUACAAAUCGUUAAGGACCUGCAUCGCACUGGCUCCAAUUUGUGCACCGGCCCCGCGGGAUCCAUCAACCAGGCCAAGCUGAAGCGCAUUCUGCUCGGGUAUGCCCGCUACAAUCCCGAGGUGGGCUAUUGCCAGGGUUUCAACAUGCUGGGCGCUCUGAUACUGCAGGUCAUGGAUAAGGAGGAGGAGGAGUCUAUGAAGGUCAUGAUCUAUCUGGUUGAGGGCGUACUGCCGACGGGCUACUUCUACGGCUCGAUGGGCGGCCUCCAGGCGGACAUGGGCGUAUUCCGCGAACUGAUGCAAACGCGUCUGCCGCGCCUCGCCAAGCACCUGCAGCGCCUUCAGGGGCCCGUGGAGAAUGCCUACGAGCCGCCCUUGACCAAUGUCUUCACCAUGCAGUGGUUCCUCACCAUGUUCUGCACCUGCCUGCCCAUGUCCUGUGUGCUGCGCGUCUGGGACCUGGUGCUCAUCGAGGGCAGCGAUGUCAUCCUCCGCACCGCUCUCGUUCUCUGGAGCCUCCUUGAAGAACGCGUUCUCAGUGUCCGUUCAGCCGAUGAGUUCUAUGGCAAAAUGGGUUCCUAUUCGAGUGAACUGCUUAACGGCCAUUUGAUCGAUUCGAAUGGACUGAUCGAAAGAGUCGUCAAGCUAGGACCCAUAGCGGAUCUCAGGCAGCUGAGGGACAAGCAUCUGUACAACAUUGCCCCUCUCCGACACCAACAGGGAAUGCAACUGUACUACGAUGACGAGGACACGCAUUCGGAUGAGGAGCGCAUGGCGGUGGCCACCGUCUGGGGUCUGAACUGGGGCCGUCGCGGCUCCGUGGGACCAGCAGCGGGCAGGCAGCCUACGGAGCCAAAGGACCGCAUGGCCCUGGACAUUUCGCUGCUCAAGAAGCAGUACGAUCGGUUGAGGGAGCGCCAGAAACAGGCGCAUGUCAUCCUGACCACCGCCUGCUCGACGGCAGCCCGUCAGGGACCACCGAAUACUGCGCACGCCUCGGUGGCAGUCAAUCAGCUGCUCCUCGGCCGGCCGGCCAUCAUCACCAACAAGGGGAAGAGGGUGAGUGCCCCCCUGGGAGCCAUACCACCUGCCAGGAAGCCCUCCCUCCCAGCCGUUCUGCACACCAAACCUUCCACCGAAAAGCAGCUGCGACGCGGCGAGACCCUCCUGUGGCGGGACACGGACCCCACUCUCAGACGCCGGGACAGCCUGACCUGGAAGGAGAUCAAAGCGGAACGGGCGGCCUUAGUACGCGAGGGCGCUGAUAAGACGAUGAAGACGCAGAAGCUCCGUUCGCGAUUCGGCAAGAGCGACAGCUCCUCGUACAGCGAGGACAGCGAUGGCGAGCAGGAGCAGGUGGAACGCGCCGGGGGCAGUGGUGGCAGCACCGGCGGCGGUGGAUCCAGCACGGACACCAGUCUGUGUGACGACGAUGACCCCAAGUCGACGGAGAAAAGUCCCAAGCAAAAGGCGAGGCUGGCGCGCAAGCUAAAAGAGAAGCCGCAGCUGUUGACGGGGUCCCGAGAGGCGAGCUUGGAGCGCCAGAGACCAAAGUCCUGGGCUCCCAGCUCCCAUGAAAUACCCUUCAUGCUGAUGGGCACAGAGAGUGGGGAUGAGAAGGAGCCGGCCGCCAAACAGGUGGCGGAAGUUGCAGAGGACAGUGCCACCGAAAGCGGCCGCUUCGGCUAUGAGCCCGAGCUGGCCAGCAAAAUGGAGCCACUGCACCUGCUGGUGGACACAGAUACCCCUGGAAUCACCAGCACCAGUCAGCUGUCGCCGAUGCCGGACAUGACCAGCUAUCUGGGCGCGUCCUGCAUCAGUCCGCUUCCGACGCCCAGGCCGGUGUCCAUCGAUCCCCUGGGCAUUGAGGGAGCAGCAGGAGCGGCGAGUGCGGCAGAGGAGCAGGGCGUCGAAUCCACUCCACGUCGGUUCGAUUUUAGUGAAGAUGGCGUUACCAAUCAGUAUUUCGAGCGGGUGAACAGUGUGGAGCGUCCCAGCCGCCUGGAACUGUCCUACUCCCUCAACGAAGAGGGAACGGACGCUCGAGCGGUGUACAUGGAACAGAGGGCUCAGGUGGAGGGACAGAGCGGCGAGCAGGAGGCGAAGGCAAUGUCUCCGCCUCAGAUAAGGGAAGACCUGGUGGAUGCGGAUGGCAAAGUGCCGCAGAUCCGCGACGACAACAUUCCCGGCGAAAACAAAGACGACUACAAGGAGGUGCUGAGCAUGACGAUAGAGUCGCAGCAGCCACCGCCUCCGACAGCCGCCAUUUUGAGCAAUGCCAGCCGGAAGCGUCACGAUCCACGACGCAAGACGCUGACCAGAUCCUCGACGAUCGAUAUCGAGGAGCGUUUCCAGGCGCUGGAGCAUCGCUUCAGCCAGGAGCAGUCAUGUGAUAAGCCCAAGUAUAUUCCCAGCACGGCCGCCUUGGAGGAGCGAUUCGAGACCCUGGAAAAGCAGCUCAGUGCCGAGAAGGUGCGAAAGGAGCUGGAGGAAGUGGAUCCAGAAUUGGCCGAAAAGUCUGAGCGGAUUCCCUCAACAGCCGAUCUAGAGAGCCGUUUCGAUGCCUUAACCAAGCAAAUGAGUUCCAGUGAAUCAAGUUCCAAGGCUCCCCCGGUGGACCUGGGGGAUGCAGAGCAGUCCAGCGGAAGUGGCGCGAAAGAGCAGAAGGACAGCGAGAAGACCAGCAAACUCCACAGAUCAGAGGACUCCCAAUCCGAGACAAAGGACACAGCAACAACACCCCAAACGGAAAACAGUAAAGGGACGGAAACUGAUAAAAAUAAAGAAGAUAAAGAAGGAGACCAGCCACGCCUUAGGAAACUGCCCUCGACAGCCGAGCUGGAGGAUCGUUUCAAUGCCCUGGAACGCAAGAUGAGCGUACAGAAUAGUAGCCCAGCCAAGACUAAAAAGGAGCCACCCGAUGAAGAGCCAGCCAAGGAGGAACCUAAGGCCCGAAAAGAACCAGCCACGGAGGAACCUAAGGCCCGAAAAGAGCCAGCCACGGACGAACCUAAGGCCCGAAAAGAGCCAGCCAGGGAGGAACCUAAGGCCCGAAAAGAGCCAGAAGAUUCUGAAAAUAGAGAUGAGAAACCCCAAGAAAGACGGGCUUUAAAGGACUCAAAGGAUUCCGAAGAGAGCAAUAAACAAAACGAAACGGUUAAGGGUAAGGAUAGGACACCAACGAAAACCCCUGAAGAAAAAGAAGCGUCUAAAAGAGUCGAACCAAAAGCAUCGGGAAAAGACAGCCCCGACACGAAAGUGGAAUCAGAGAAGACCAAAAAGAAGCCAGAACCAGAAAAUGUGGAAAAUCAAGAAGAACCUGUGAAGACUCCACGUAAGUCCCCACCUUCCACAGAGGAGCUGGAGAAGCGUUUCAAUGCCCUGGAGAAGCAAUUGAGCACAACCAACCUGGAGUCAUCCAAGGAAGCGGAGCAAACAAAAUCCACAGCAAAAGAUCAGAGGUCGACAGAAGCAAGGAAUCAAAAGGAAGCUGAGACUGCGGAAAGGGAACAAAAGUCCACGAAAACCUUUGAGGAGAAGCUGAAAGAAGUCAAUUCUGUACUGACAAACGAUCAGAAGAAAUCAGAGGUCGAAGUUCGAGCUGAGGAGAAGCGAAAAAGUUUCGAAGAGCGAUGUAAGAGUGCCAGCAAGACGUUGGAGACCAAGGAAAAGGAGGUCACUGCAUCGAAGAAAACGGACGAAAUUCCAUCAAAGAAGGCUGAAGAAACCCAGGAAACUUCAGCAAAUAAUAUUAAGGAGUCUCACGAAACAAAAACGGAAAAUACUCGAACAAAAAAUACUGAGGAAUGUCAGCAAACCGAACAGAAGGAUCGCAGUAAGAGAAGAGCUUCGGAACCGCCCUCAACAGAGGAUCUUGAAAAACGCUACGAAACCCUGAAGCGUCGCAUGAGCAGCAAGAAUCAUUUUUCCACUCAAAGCGAGACCGUGAACCAAGCUCUCGAACGGAUCGAACAGGAGGUCAUCUCGGAGUGCGGUGAGGACCGAGCGGCGGAGAAGAAACAGCCGCCGUCAACGGAGGACCUGGAGAGUCGCUUCGAGGCGUUGCAUGGCAAGGACAAGGCGGAGAGCAAAACCAAGUCCCAGCCCAAGCUGGUGGAUGUGGCCAUUGAGGCGCAUAUACCUUCUCCGCCCCCGGCUCCUCCACUGCCACCCGCGGAGCUCAGGAUCCUGGCGGCGCCCACACUUCACCAGCAGCAGGCACUCAUCGAAGAGCUCCAGAGCAAAAUGCAGGGACAAGGCCCGGGUGAGGAGAACCUCAAGCCCAGCCAGAUCAAUCCGCAGCGAAAGCAGCAGCAACGACAACGGCAGCUGCAACUGCAACAGCGACCCACAACGAUGGGCGAUGAGACCUCGGAAGCACCUGCAAACACGGCUUACUACAGAUCGGGAAAUGAUGAACCCUGGCAGCAGCGAACGGUUCGUCGUUUCUCCGAUUUGCCCUCAAGGGCCGAUCUGGUAAACCGAUUACAAUUCCUGGAGAAGCAAUUGUAUAUGAAAUUCUACAAGCAGCGCUGUGCAAGUGAUUCCGAAGUUGCAUCGAAGGCCAAUGUCCUAGUGAUCAGCGCUGACGGGCCGAGCACCUCGCGCCAGGCUCUGGCCGAAGGCCAGCUGGAGCAGCGUGUCCUGGCCCUGGAGAAGCAGCUGAGCGAGAACAGUCUCAAGUUGCUGGAAGCCAUGCGCGAGAAGUCAGCGGCGGCAGUGGCUGUGGCCCCCCAGAGCGAGGACAGCGGCUCGCCGCGUCGGCUGAGCACGGACACCAUCGAUGCCACCACCGGCAAGGAGCUGGUGCGAUACACGCAGAACUUUAGCGAGCUGGAGGAAGUGGACUCCCACAAGCCCAUCAACAUCAGCAUCAACAUUAAAAUGAUGGUCAACAAGGACUCUGAACGGAAGAGGAGCGAGUCCAAGUCCACUACAGAGGACCUGGCACGACGUAUCGAGCAGCUGGAGGCACAGUUGGUGGAAGAGAGAGCCAAGAACGGCGCCGUCAUCCCAGAGAAUGAAGCUUUAGAAGAGCCGCAGCCACAGCCGGAUAAGCCUGAUGAGAGUGAAGCCUCCAAAAAGCAGGAGAAGGAUUGCCACAACCAGAAUGUCAAAAGCGAUGAGACGGUUAGAUUGGAAGACCUUCCGCCAGAGGGCAUUGAGCCCGAAACGGUGAAGGAGACCAAAACCCUGGAAAAUGAAGAGAUAGCCCAAGCCCGGGCCAAAGAGGUAGAUGGCGAUAAAACAGCUAAAGAGGCAGUGGUCGAUCCAAAGUCGGAGGUACAAGAAGAGAAUACCAAACAGGAAGAGGUAAUCAAACCCGAACAUGUUGAAGAACCCUCUUCCAAGGAAAUGGAACCUCCUCAAGCUGAGAAAGACAAGCCCAACAAAAACGAAGAAACGAAAGCAAAGAAGUGCUGUUCCGACGAGAGCACAGCCAAGAAGAAAUCCUCCAAUCAGCAGCCAGAAAAGAACCAACCAACUACCAAGGAUGCCUCCAAGGAAAUGCCAGACAAAAUGGUCACCAAUGGCAGCGAUACUGGACCUGUGGAUGCCAGCAACAAGACUGUUGUGCUCCUAAUGGACAAUGAACCCAAGGCUUCAAGACUCCGGCGCCUGACCAGAGCCAACACCGAAGAACUCGAAGAUCUCUUUCAGGCCUUGGAAAAGCAGCUGAACGACCGGAAUUUAAUCAAGUCCGAAGAUGGCCGCCUGAUACGAGCUGAAAGCAAGCCCUCUGCCGAGCAAGUGGAGCAGGCUCAGGCCAUUACCGAUCUCACCAAACAGAUCGAGGAUUAUACCAGUGGAAAUGUGGAAGAAGAAAAGCCGGCAAAAGCAGCUAAAGAACCGAUAGAAGAUAAGCCAGAGGCUGAAGAGCCAAACGACUAUGACUGGGGACCCAACCCGGUCAAGCAUCACCUGAAACGAAAAACGGUUUACUUACCCUCGACGAAGGAGCUGGAGGCCCGAUUCCGUUCGCUCGAACGUCAGAUCAAGCUGCUCGAGGAUGUGGAAAAGAUCGAUGUGGAGCAGCGCUUGAAGGAAAUCGAACGAAAGAUCAAGUUGCAAUACUCGCUCUCCCACGAGAAGGACCUCAACAAGUAUCUAGAUUUGUGCGAGGGCAAGGGCCUAGACGAUGACGAUCUCGCAGUUGAGGAGACACCAACCAAGGAGGAACCACCUCCACCAGCCACCCAACGUUCGCGUAGUCCUGCACGGAAGACGGCCACCAAGUCGCCGUACACUUCUCCAUCGCGCAAGGCAGCCACCAAGUCGCCGUACAAUUCUCCAUCGCGCAAGGCAGCCAGCAAGUCCCCGUAUUCAUCGCCGUACACCUCCCCGUAUACAUCACCAUCUCGUCAGCGUCAAAAGACGCCGGGUUCAUCACCGACUCGAGCCUCCGAAAAGAAGGCGAAAAGAAGUCCCUACACCUCGCCAGUACGUCGCCAGCCGCAUCCCAAUGAUCUGCCCAUCUCCGAUGACCUGGAGUUCAAGUAUAGAGUCCUCGAUCUGGUACGGUCCAAGUCGAAGGAGAAUCUGGCCAGGCGUAUGAACGAUCCCAAUCGAAAGCCACCCAUUCAUCCCCUCGAAAUGCUGCUCGAUCCGAGUCCCGAUAGCAGCGAAAUACCCACAACCGGGGAGCUGGAGCAUCGCAUUCGCCUCCUGGACGAGAAGCUCAAGUCUCCUGUCCGACCCUCCCGCCACAAGUCGCGCUCUCGCUCCCCCACCAUCGAGGAUAUCAAGCGCAAGAAGAUGCUGGAAGAGCAGCAGCCCCGGACGCCGGUGCACAAUCUCGAACGCCUGGUCAGCUCUCCGGGCAGGCCAGAGCCCCCCACGGCUGAGGAGCUGGACGUGCGCAUGCGGGCUCUGGAGGAGGAGCAUAGCUUCGACUUUAAGACACAAAAGGACUACAAGGCCUUUAACCAAAAGCUCAAGGACGUUAUCUCGCCCUCAAUAUCCUUCGAAGAGUUCAAAUCGGCCAAGUCGCGCGAACAGAGUCCUCGCCGGGGAGGGGGUGCCACCACGCCAAAGUCUGCGAUGCGACGCGAUGACCCCGAUGAUUAUCGACGCGACGAUGCACACUCCAAGCACACCCAUACGCACUAUCGACCCACCAGUCCCAAGGUGAUACGCUUCCGGGACGAGGACGAGGACUACUUCGAGGAGGCGUCAGCGCCGCGCCCAAAGUCACGCCAGUCCAGCGAACGAAUGGUGGGCACCGCAAAUGAGGUUAUGGAGUGUUUAUCGGAGAAUAAUAAAAUUCUUCAACGUAUUCUUAAGAAGACUCUUGCAGAUCAGCCAUCAAGCAUUCGCAGCUACAGCAGCAGCUCGGCAGAAGGUCUAGACGCCCUGGGCAGUCGCCUGAUGAGGGAAACGUCUCCCAUCACCCGCACUGGGACGCACACGGGCGUGCCGCUGAGGACGACGGGUGAGAACAUCAACGAUCGCCUCAGCUCCAUCAAGAACUCAAUCAAGUCCAUCGACACACUGUGUGAGGAGAAGCCCUACCAAAAGGAGAAGUGCCAGCGCUACAUUGACUCGCUGUUCACCGACUCCCUGCACUUCGCCAGCAAGAAGAGUUCCGUGGAGGAUCUCGCCCACAGUCGCAGCGAGAGUCGGGGCCGGACCAUGCAACGCAGCAGCGACUAUACCCCAUCUAUAAGGAUAACCUCGGAGCAUCGUUCGCUGGGCUCGGCAGAGUCGCGGCGCUCGUUGAGUCCCCUCGGGAGGGACGUGAGUCCGCUGCACCAUCGCUCGCACAGGGACAUCAGCAGGGAUCUGUCGCCGCGCAGGAGACGCGGAGAGCAGGAGGACCGGGAGGAGCGGGAGGAGCGCGAGAGCAGUAGGGUAAGACGUGAUAAUAUGUUGCCAAAUUAUUUUGCUGAUAAUCGUAGCGAACUAAGUAGCGGGAGUAGUUUAACCAAGUUUCAUAAAGUAGAUAGACAACUAGAAGAGACGUGCGCCAAGUACGCGGACGACCGACGCUCGGCCUGCAGAACACCGUUGAGCUCCCCAUACGAGACCCGAUCCUCAGCCACACGGCACACCACCACCAACUACAACUACAACUCCACCACCACAACAACAACAACAGGUACCACAAUAGCAGGAACAGCAACGGCAACCGAUAGUUUCCCCCGGCCCGUGUCGCCCUACCGACAGCCCUACGAUCCGUACAGGCGUCCGAAUGCCCCUGCAGCCCCGCCAGCCUACCAGCCAGCCAAGCUGGAGAUCCGCCACACGACGGUGACCUCGACCUUCUAUGAUCGCUUCCUUACGGAGAAACAAAUCGAGAAACAGACCCUCUCCCGUCCGCCCAGCCGUUCGCCCGUGGUGUCACCAUCGGUCACCACCAAGAGCUAUAGCGAUCUCUACCAGUCGAUCUCCACCACGAGCAGCACCUCCACCCCCAUUACCACCACUGGCAACACCUCAUUCAUGUCCAGCAGCUAUGCAGGCCCUUCAUUCUCCCAGCCCGGCGGCAGCAAUUACUCAUAUCUGAGCACGCACACGGCCGGAUCCGGCAAAUCUCUAUCGCCCAUCGGCGGCAGCAGUUCCUCCGAUCUGCGACUGCAUAGCACCGACAACUUGCUUGCCUCCACCACAACAUCCGCUUCAGCCAUCACGACAUCGAGCUCUUUUGUGCCCUACAACUUCUCCAGCUCCUUGGGCAGUCGUUUAACCGAUCCCAUUUCCAGCUGUAGUGCCGCUAGUGUGACCACUACGAGCUCUCUGACGUACUCCACUGGGGUGUAUAAUCCAAUGAUGUCAUUCACUUUGCGAGAACCCUUGACCAGUAGCUCCCUGGGCGGGGUGGGUGUGGGUACUUCCCCUUCCCUGCUCGGUCAAUAUCAGUUUAAGACCAGCUUUGGCUCAGGCUAUACCCCCAAGACCCCCACUGAACAGGACAAGCCAUAGAGGGACGCACUGCUCUACCACUGACACACAUAUUCCACACCUAACCUCACUCCGCAUAAAGAUCGUUUACCGAUCAAAUCAAGCUCAAAUUGAUUACUUUACGAGUGAACAUUUU